UUUCACUACUCUUUAGUCUUCCCGACAAAAGUCUCCGCCGCGGACGACUGCGAUUUGCUUCUGUCGCCGCCGAUACCAUUGUUGGAACCCGUUAGAGGUGGAAUUUGUCUUCCCUUGAGUGUUUAAUAGUUUGAUGAUGGAUACCACUGUAAAUGAAUUUCUUAGAAGGCAAAAGGCUGUUCAGAACCAUCAGAUUAGGAGUGAUUUGGUUGCAUCGACACCUAUGAAUCAGCAAGAAAAGGUUCAAGCUUUCUCUUUGCAGCAACAGAUAACAAUCCCAACUAAGAAGAAUCCAGGCAUACAUUUCUCUGGAAAUGAAAGUUCCCCUGGUUUGAGCUGUGCUGGCAAGGUUGGUGAGAAGAGAAAAAGGAAUGAUGAGUCUGGUGAAAUGGUUAACACUGAGAAUGGAAGUAAGUCUGAAGAUAUCAUUGUCAAUCUAAGUAAAGUUGGCAAUAGAAUUGUGGCGGAUGGUUUUGGAGGUGCAAGAGAAGUGUCUGGAAGCGGAAAGCAACUCCUUGAGGUUGAUCUUUGCAAAGAAACAUUGCCAAAUGCCAUUAACAAGAAUGUUCAAGUGGGAGCUGCAUUGGGGAGCUAUCAGAAUCAUGAGGCAGAGAAUAACUUUGGUUUAUGUGAUACAAGUUCAGAAGUUGCAGUACAACCAAACACUUCUGAAUGUGCUGGUCCAAAGUUUAACGACUUUGAUAAGCUGCGGGAAGAAGUGAACUUUGCUGUUGGUCAGACUUGGGCUCUUUAUAAUUCAAAGGAUGGGAUGCCUAGACUGUAUGCUCAGAUCAGAAAAGUUUCAGCUCCUUCAUCCGGGCUUAGGAUCACAUAUCUUGAGCCAGAUCCACAUGAUGAGAAAGAGAUGCUAUGGUUUGAAGAAGACUUGCCUGUUUCUGUUGGUAAGUUCAGGCUUGGGGAAAAUAAGAACACAAAAGAUCGUUCCAUGUUUUCACAUGUUAUCCAUUGCAAUGAACUAAGCAACACUCGUUGUUUCGACAACACUUGUCGUUUCAUCAACACUUGUCAUUUUAGUGUAUCUCCUAGAAAAGGCGAGACAUGGGCGCUUUUCAAGAACUGGGAUAUGAAGUGGUCUUCAGAGCCAGAUUCUCACCGCAAAUAUGAGUUUGAAUUUGUCGAGAUUCUGUCAGAUAACGCUGAUGAAGGUGGGGUAUAUGUUGCAUACUUGCAUAAAGCCAAAGGGUUUGCUAGUGUGUUCUUCCGAAUGGGAACUGGUUAUGGAGGUAUAUUUCGUAUUUUACCUCACAGUUUGUAUCGGUUCUCCCAUAGGGUUCCUUCCUUCAAACUGACUGGAGUUGAAGGAAAUGGUGUGCCAAAAGAUGCUUACGAGCUGGACCAAGCUGCGUUACCAGAGAAAAUCGAAGAGAUUAUCGUGCCUUCAAACUCUGAGAGUAGUAUAAUGUCUAAACGCCAAGCCAUCCAUUACACUAGCAAGGGGAAGGUUUUUCAGACUGGCCAGAUUUGGUCAUUUUACAGUGGUUAUGAUGAUUUGCCUCUGUAUUAUGGUAAGAUUCAGAAGGUCACUUUUACUCAGGCAUUUAAGCACGAUCCGGUAAUCAAACUACACAUAGGUCGGCUAAAGGCCACGCGUUUCCCUGCGGAUGUUGUCGAGUGGGAGAACAAGGGAAUGCCUGUUGGUUGUGGAACGUUCUACGCAAGGAAAGUUCUAGAAAUAAUCACCCCAAGUGAGCUUUCACUUCAGAUAAAACCUCAAACAUCUAUGGAUGGCACUGAAUAUACCAUUCUGCCCAAGAUUGGCGAAGUUUGGGUGAUAUACAGAAACUGGAGUCGUGACAUGGAUGAGGAGGACUUUGAUUAUGGUCUGUAUAACAUUGUUGAAAUUCUUGGUGACACCUUGGACUACUAUAAGGUCCAACAGCUGAAGCAAGACUCCAGAGAGUUUGAUCGUAAAAAAGAGAAUACGUUGUUAAGGGCAGUUAGAAAGAAUGAGUCUUACGAACUAGAAGGGUCGGAACCAAUAUAUACGAUCUCAAAAAAGGAAAGGAUCAGAUUCUCCAAUAAGGUUCCUGCUUCACGUGUAACCAAAGAGCUAUACGGAGAGUUAAUAGAGAUUUUAUGUGUUGAUUCUAGAGCAUUACCUUCACACCUAAGUGCUCCAGACCACUGAGCGAAGAUAAUGAGGGAAGCCUAUGACUACUUUUGUUUGUAGAUUUUGGUGCAUUUCGUGAGAAAUGGUUUUGUUUUUUUUUCCGGUUAAGAAUCUUAAGACUCUCCAUGAUGAUGUAAGAAUCUUCUUAUCUAUGAUAAUGUAAUAGCAAGUAUUUGC